AUGAGCAAUAACAACACGUACAUUUAUAAUUCUACAGUGCCUAUUCCACCUGAAUCGCCAACUGAAGCAAUAACAUAUAAUAGCUCAACAGUAACCGCCUGGUUUGAUCUAUGGGGAAGUGGAGGAUGUGAUAUAUUAUAUUAUACAAUCGAAUGGAAACAACAAAAAUCUGAUGACUGGAUUUUAAGUGAUGUUAAUAAACCAAUAGCUCCAACAGAACGUAUGUAUACGGUUGACGGUCUUGAGCCGGCAACUAAAUAUCAAUUGAAAGUUAUUGCACACAAUAAUAUUGGUUCAUCGUAUGCGUUGUAUAAUUUCACGACGCUCACUAUUGAUGGAGCGACUGUUAUACCGUUUGAUUUAUAUACUGAAAUAACACCUGAAGAAGCUUCAGUAUUUACAUCAAUCACAACUGCAAUUUCCUUAAUAAUAGCUUUAAUUGUUGUAUCAUCGAUUGCAGCAUUUACUUACUAUUACAAAGUAAUGAAACGCUCAGAUGAAGAAUCGGUUAGAGAUCAAAGCCAACGGAGCCGUGAUCAACGAUACUCAGUCAGAGGGCAAUCGCAACAAACCUUAAGUUGCGAUUCUGUAACAUUUAAAACCGAUUCAACUGAAUAUAUGGAUGAAAUUUGUCCAUAUGCAACAUUUGAACUUGCCAAACAGCCACAAGGUGAAAGUACGUUUAGUGGUAAUAUUUACAGUGGUCCAUACCAUUCAGUUAGAGGUUCGUUUGUAUAUCAUCAACCAAAAGCAUCAACUUCCGAACCCUAUAAUUUUGUUCAAAGAAAAGAGCCAGAGUAUACAAAAGUUCGUCAAAAAGGAAGAAAACUUAGAGAUCCUCAUUCUGAAAGUCAAGAAUCAGACAAUUUAGGUAGUACAGAUUCUGAGGUAAAGCGGAUWCUAACACUUCACCUACCUAUUUCAGAGUAUGAUACUCACGGUAGUGACUCUGACAAUGGUGAAGCAAGACGAAAUCAAUCAGCAAGUCAAGAACUUGUUUCCUUUAGACACCGAAUGAGUAGAGAAGUGAGUAAUGAAGGCACCAGCUCUUCGUCAGAAGCCUCGAUAGCAGAAGUCAGAAAACCCCCUGUAAUUCCUCCUCUUCGAAAGCCUAAAUCAAAAAGCCAAAUAUUUACAAAAAGGUCGCUGAAGAAUAACAGUGGGUUUUCAAAUCAUAAUGAUGAAAUUAACUUUAGCGAGCGUUUAAAUCCUCCGGCUAGGUUUUCCGACUCUAGACCAAUGCGACAAAACGAGGGAAAUGAAUAUGAACGACGCCCAAAAAUAUCAUCUCAUCAACGAAGAUCACCUAGAAGACUAACACAAGAGACUUCAUUCCAAAUAGAUGUCUAGUCAAUUUAGUUAUAUAUACCACGAAACAUUUAUUUAUUUGCAUUUGAUUAAAACAAUUUUUUUAUUCCUACAUUUUGUACUUUUGUUUAUUGUAAGACUCAAAGUGUAAUAUUUUUUACUUUAAUACCCAAAAAGUUUUAUACCUCUUAUUAAACAAUUAUUGAAGUUUAAUCAUUUUCACAAAUAUUUUAAUUUGUAAGUUUAUCGAUAAAAUUAAUUAUUUAUAUAACCUUAUUACAUAUUUCUAUAAAUAAUUGUAUUGUUUAAGAGAUUAUAUAAUUCUUUUUCUUCUUUCAUAUCGUUUAGAUCUGGGUCAUCCAAAAGCUACGACUGUUGCUACUUUGUCAUUUGCCAGGUUGAAGUCAUUUUUAUCACAAGUAGUCCCUUUUAGAGGGCAUUUUUGUAGAUAAUCCAUUGUCGUGUUUAACUACAUUUUCAGUUGAUAUAGUGUCUUUUUCUCCUAAUAAAUUCGAUUUCUUAAGUGUAGUUUUGCAUCAUCCAGACCCUUUUCUUAAGCGAUUUUAAAUCCUUCCAUUUCUCUCAUUUCCAGUUUUUCCCUAUAUAGGUAGCUCUUCUAUUAGUUCUCUCGUGGUGCUUCAUUCUCUCUCUUUCCAUCUGUGGAUUCUUUCUUUUUCUGGUGAGUUCUUUAUUGGUUAGAUCUUAGCAAGAAAACUUUUUUCUGGGUUUAAGUUGUGAUUGUGGUAGGUUUUAUCCAUGUAGCGGGUGACGGGGAUCAUUUAUAGUUGUUUGUGUCGUUCUAUCUCUGAUGCGMUAUCUCUCCUAAUAUCUGGAGGGGCUAUUUCUGAUAGUAUUUCCUCGACAAAUGUUGGUUAAAGGCAUCCUGAGAUUAUCAUGCAUGUCUCUUUCAAAGUAAUGUCGAUCUUUUCCACGUGACAUUAUUUGACUCGCACAGAGACAGUAUAUUCGGCUGUUAAGCAGAAUAGAGCUAGUGCCGAUGUUCUAACUGUACUUGAAUAAACUCCCCGCGUUGUUCCUGUGAGCUUCCUAAUCGGGUUGUUUUUUGCGUCUUACGUUUCCGCAGUGAUGUUUGAAUAAUUAAAAGUGUAUACUGUGGUUUUUUUUUAGGUUUGGUUUUAACCAGUAAUCUUUGCAAUAAUAUGACAUUUCUUUUAGUAAUUUCUAUGUUUUCAAACUAAUUAUUCUGGACAAUGAGUGCUAAAUCGUCAACGUAUAUGAAACGCAGGGUUCCUAAUGGAACACUUUUAGUGUUUUUGAAAAUCCUUCAAUGAUUAUUGAAGUUGUUAUAACAGUUAGUCCUGAAAACGGCUGUUUUAUAUUCUAUAACAAGGUUGACAUGGUGGCAGAAGUAAGGAUUCAGAUCCGUUCGGUGGUGAUAAAUUCUGGUCUAGAAAUAUCGUUAUACAGGGGGUGCCACGUACAGACUUUUACCAUGCCCCCAAUAUAAAAUUAAUAAAAUUAUAAACAUCUCCAUAAGCUGCUCAAAAUAAUUGAAAAUCCAAUAUAAGUUACUAUUCUUAGAAGCAACUUCAACUGUCUACAACAGAGGUUCCCAAACUGUGCGCCGCGGUGUGUUGUCAGGGGAGUCGCGGCUGUGCCUCACUUCCGACUAUGUUAUCUGGUCUAAAAAUAAACAACAAUAUUUUACGAUGAAAAAAAGGUCGUAAAUUGUAUUAAGGGUGCCAUGAGAAAACUUCCGUUCUAAAAGGGCGCCACGAGUAUGAAAAGUUUGGAAACCUCUGGUCUACAACAUACAUUUUUUGAGUUCUUCUUUACUUUUAAAAUAUUUUAAACGUCAAAACUAAAAUCUGCAAUUUACCUAGUUGGUAUGAAUCCACUAUAUUAUCUAAAUAUAAAUUUAAACAAUAAAAUCAUAAUAUUUUCCACCUAAACAAUUUGUUUAU